UCAUGAAUCGAUCGCAUCUCAAUUCCUGACCCCAGAGUGCGGCUUUUCAUCUGGAAACCUCUGUCGGCGUUUUGUUUUGAGCAAUUUCAUCGCCCGGCGAUCCAGGGGGCAGCAGAAAAUAAAAGAGCGAUGAAGGUUUCUUGGCUCGUGCCGAGCCUGCUCGCCGGGGGCGGAGCAGCAAUCGGAACCGUUAGCGACAAGGUUCUCAACAGCGAAGGCAGGGUCCUCGCGAACGGCAUUCCAGACCAGAGACACGACAGGGACCUAGAAGGCGCCGCGCUCCAAUCGCCCAGCGCCAACACGGUCGCAGUCAACCUCGACGCCCUUGAUAUCGCGUUACCGAACCGAACAAAGGCCCAGCUCGCCGUCCAGGCAAGAGACGCGUCAGAACUCGGGCAGCACCCCGACGAAGGGGAGCCCCCCGUCAUCACUUUCCGGACCAGCAACGGCGCCUUGUCAGGUGCGGAAGGCGAUCCAGCAGUCCGGCCGCCGUCGUCGGCGUCGUCGGCGUCGUCGGCGUCGUUGGACUCGGACCAUGACCUUGAGUUCGACGAGGACUCUGCCAGCGCAUCCAACGGGGCCGGCAAGGCGGGCAACCCGGCUUCUGCGAACCGGGCCAUCGCCGGCAUGAGCGUGGGGCUGGUUUCGGUGAUGUUGAUCUUCACCAUUUUCCUCUGAUGACGCUUUUUCUAUUUAUCUUUUUACCUUUAUCUUUCUCACCUUUCCAUCGCCUCUGGUUCUGCCGGCAAGGUUCCAGGCGUUUCCAAGGGGUUUGGGCGUCGAGAGACCGGAGAAUCUCUAUGACUAACCCAGGUGGGCUGGGCGUAUUUAUUAAUGCAUUGGAUAAAUUUGGGGAUGGCAUGACCGGGAGUCUUGCGGGAAGUGACGGCCGAGCGGGGUUUCGGCUUGG